AGGCGAACGGUUUCAUGGCCCUUUUCCUGAUUUCCCAUGCGAUUUUCCCCACCGCAUUCUUUCUCUAUGGCGUCCAAACCAAUAGUCGAUGUCCUUGUCUGCAGUCCUUAAAAAAAAAGCCCCUGUCAUUCGUUGGGUGGAAGUAGCGAGCAGCCCAAACCUUCGACACCGCGGUGGUCAUCGGUUCGUUUCCCCGCCGGAGGAGGAAGAUUUCGACCUGACCUCGGCUAUGAGAGGUGCAGAGAUUUCACACAGCUCCAUCCGAGAGCCGAGGAGCACGAAUAUGGAUUACCCAUCGUCUCUGGGUCCAGAUGUGAGCAGUGAUGAAUGCGUGAGGAGUAGGAAGCACGUCUGCGCAAAUUACGGCCACACAAAAGAGCGACAGUGGGAAACACCCAUCACGUGAUCGCAGAUCCCCCCCAUGCCAUUGGCCAGAGGCGUCGGCCUGCUUUCGCCUUGAACCCACACCAUGCAGAAAGCAACGUACUACGAUAACUCUGGACUUUUUGGAGGCUAUUCCUACCCCAAACCAGACUCCUAUAACUAUGGCCCGGCGGCCCACCAGGCCUACACCACGUCCAGCCUCGAGAAUGACUACCAGGCCUCGUUGUGUCCAAUUCAGACCACGGCGGUUCGCCCCCCCACCCUUAAGGACACGGACCUAAACGGAGACUGCAUGCGUCAGGCAAGCAGCAAUCAGAGCAACAGUCAACCGCCUAGUAUUGGGGAGCCGCCAGCCCCCCCGCUGUCCGCCACGUCCCCCGCCCCAAACUCCUCUUCGUCACAGAAGAAGAAGACCCCCACUAACGGUGCUACUAACACCUCCGCCCCGGUGAUUACAAAGCAGAUCUUCCCGUGGAUGAAGGAGAGCCGACAGAACGCCAAGCAGAAAGGCAGCGGCUGUACGUCCGCAGGUGAGGUGAGUGACGAGAAGAGCCCGCCCGGGCCCGCCUCUAAACGGGUCAGGACUGCUUACACCAGCGCCCAGCUGGUGGAACUGGAGAAGGAGUUCCACUUUAACAGGUACCUGUGCCGCCCGCGGCGCGUCGAGAUGGCCAACCUCCUGAAUCUCACCGAGCGCCAAAUAAAGAUCUGGUUUCAAAACAGACGGAUGAAAUACAAGAAGGACCAGAAGGCCAAGGGGAUCAUGCACUCUCCCCUCGGACACUCCCCCGACAGGAGUCCGCCGAUGAACGGCCCCAGUCACCUCGGAUACUCCGGGCAGAUCCCGGGCGUCAACACCCUGAGCUAUGACGCGCCGUCGCCCCCGUCCUUCGCCAAACCCCAACAAAACAUGUACGGCCUGGCCGCGUACACGGCACCGCUAGGCGGCUGCCUGCCGCAGCAGAAGAGGUACCCGGGGUCCGAGUACGAACAUCACAGCAUGCAGAGCAAUGGCUUUGCCAACGCUAAUUUACAAGGCAGCCCCGUGUACGUCGGUGGGAACUUUGUUGAUUCCAUGCCAGCCUCGGGCCCCAUGUUCAACCUCGGCCAUCUCCCCCACCCCUCCUCCGCCAGCGUGGACUACAGCUGUGCCGCCCAAAUCCCGGGCAACCACCACCAUGGACCCUGCGACCCCCACCCCACGUACACAGACCUCACCUCACACCAAGCGUCUCAGGGAAGGCUUCAGGAAGCGCCUAAACUUACGCAUUUGUAAUAUGUGGUUUCCGACGUGUGUGCCAAAAGUAUGUCGCGAUGUUUUAUUACCUCACUUAGUCUAAUAACACUCCGAGCGAGUCAUGUGUAUUAUUACAGUAUUAUUGAUAUUGAUAUUAAUGCUAUCGUGUGAUUAUUUCCCUAAAUUCAGCUCUGUCCAUUACCUUUUUAUUUCAGUUUGGAGGAUUCGUAUGCAACACGUUAACUCGUUUAUCUUCCUUUGUUGUGCAAUGAGCAAAUUUGGAGACAAAAAAAAAUUAUGUUCCAUUACUUGAAGGUGAGUCCGUAUAACACGACAUUAGAUUGUCAUCUUUAGUAGAAAAAAUUACGGUUAGUAAAAAAAAUGAAGAAAAAUCCCAAUCUGUUGUCAUUAUCCCGUUUUGAUUCAAAGGUAUCGUAUUUAUUUAUUUUAUUCCCAUUGCGUCGCAUUAUCUCUUGUACUAGCAUAUCGCCUAUUUAUUGUUUAACGACUUUUGUAUUGCACAUUAUUUAUCCUUUAUAUGCGAAUAUUUAAAUGUGAUGUUUCUUUUGUAUGAUUGGAGGAUUAUUGCACUUGAAGCGUGCAGGUGAAACAGGGUUCGGCUUUUGCUCGCAGGAUAAGCCUAUUGUUGGGAAAUGUAAUUUCUAAUUGUAAACGUGGGAUUUAAAGGGAUGUCUGCCGGUGUGUGAGCAUCACUGGGCCCUUCGUGGUUCCAAUUUUGUGUCAAACUUCGAGGCUAAAGCGAAACGUAGACUAUCGAAUACUAGGCAUCCAUUUACAAACCAGCAUGUCAUUUUGCGUAGCUCAUUUCUACUUAUUUUUUUCUUGGUUUUACCAUUGUUAUUUAAUUCAGUUUGGAUAUCCAUACAUUUACGAAGGCCUAAUGAUAUCGAAAUGUUAUAUUUUAUUGUGUUUAACAUUUUGUAAAUAAAGUGCUCAAAUAUA